AUGGUUUACCAACAAUAUACAGACCUGCUUGAUGAGAUGAUCAAGAACAUCAAGCAAGAUCAUCUCAUCAAGCAAUCCUGCAAGGUUUGGUUAAGGAAAGUACAAAGUUCUCUAAAGCAAAACGAAGAAGGCAUUCUUAAGUUCAAAUGCGGACUUGCAGAAAGCCUUGAUGCGCUAUAA